AUGCCGGAAAAAGAGAAAUACCUGAUGCUCAAUUCACGCGCCGCUGGCCAGUUUGCAACAAAAACUUCGACCGUCCUGGCCGUGCUUUUCCUGUCCGGACUGGCACACGCCGAUGACUGGACCUUCAUGGAUGACCGGUCGAGUCCACAGAAGCUGGUUGAAAGCUACUAUUUCGCCAUCAGCAACGGGUAUUACGUGCAGGCCUACGGUUAUUUCCAGAAAAGUUCGGCUCCACAGAAUUUCGAAACCUGGGCCAAAGGCUAUGCGGACACCAAAACGGUGAGCGUGAAAUUCGGACCUACGGAACCUGACCCGGGUGCCGGACAAAUCUACUGGGCCCUGCCGGUGGCAAUCGACGCCAUACAGACCAACGGCAAGAGCAAAGUCUUUACCGGGUGUUACAAGAUCCACAUGAUCAAUCCCGGCAUGCAGAGCGAUCCGCCAUAUCAGCCAAUGGGGAUCGUCUCCGCAUCGCUCAAGGAAACCAAAGAGUCCUACAAGAACGCACAGCCCGGCAGUUGCUGA